GCUGAAAACUUGUUGUCGUCGGGUAAAAUGGCGUCCAACGUAGAGGCCCCGGAGCGCUGGUACCUCGCCCUACUCGGCUUUGCGGAGCAUUUCCGAACAUCUAGUCCACCCAAAAUCCGCCUCUGUGUGCAUUGUCUACAGGCCGUGUUUCAGUUUAAGCCUCCACAGAGGAUUGAGGCCCGGACGCAUCUUCAGCUCGGCUCGGUUCUCUACCACCACACGAAGAACAGCGAGCUGGCCCGCAGCCACUUGGAGAAAGCGUGGUUUAUAUCGCAGCAGGUCCCACAGUUUGAAGAUGUCAAAUUCGAAGCUGCUAGCAUUUUGUCAGAACUGUUCUGCCAACAGAACUUGGUGGACUCUGCAAAACCACUCCUGCGUAAGGCCAUUCAGAUUUCACAACAAACACCAUACUGGCACUGCAGACUGCUGUUCCAGUUGGCGCAACUUCAUACACUGGAGAAAGACUUGGUGUCAGCGUGUGACCUCCUGGGGGUUGGAGCGGAGUAUGCUCGAGUGGUGGGCUCAGAAUAUACCAGGGCACUGUUUCUCCUUAGUAAAGGAAUGUUGUUGCUAAUGGAGAGGAAACUCGGGGAGGUACAUCCUCUUCUCACACUGUGCGGAACUAUUGUAGAAAACUGGCAGGGAAACCCGAUCCAAAAGGAGUCCCUCAGGGUCUUCUUCCUGGUCCUACAGGUCACACAUUACCUGGAUGCUGGACAGGUGAAGAGUGUCAAGCCAUGUCUGAAGCAGUUGCAGCAGUGCAUCCAGACCAUCUCGACACUCCAUGAUGAUGAGAUUCUUCCAACCAACCCAGCCGAUCUCUUCCACUGGCUGCCCAAGGAGCACAUGUGUGUCCUCGUCUACUUGGUGACAGUCAUGCACUCCAUGCAAGCAGGCUACCUGGAGAAAGCUCAGAAGUACACAGACAAGGCUCUAAUGCAGCUAGAGAAACUAAAAAUGCUGGACUGCAGCCCCAUCCUCUCUACAUUUCAAGUCAUCCUACUGGAACACAUUAUCAUGUGUCGACUUGUCACGGGCCACAAGGCCACUGCGUUACAAGAGAUCUCACAGGUGUGCCAGCUGUGCCAACAGUCCCCCAGGUUAUUUACCAACCAUGCUGCUCAGCUUCACACGCUUUUAGGUCUGUACUGUAUCUCGGUGAAUUGUAUGGACAAUGCAGAGGCACAGUUCACUGCAGCUUUGCGGCUUACCACACACCAGGAACUGUGGACAUACAUUGUAACCAACUUGGCCAGUGUCUACAUACGGGAAGGAAACCGACACCAGGAGCUGUACAGCCUUUUAGAGAGAAUAAACCCUGACCACAACUUCCCAGUAAGUUCCCAUUGCCUCCGCGCUGCUGCCUUCUACAUCAGGGGUCUCCUGUCUUUCUUUCAAGGACGCUAUAACGAGGCCAAACGUUUCCUAAGAGAAACCCUGAAGAUGUCUAAUGCCGAGGACCUGAACAGACUGACUGCCUGCUCUCUGGUUCUGCUGGGACACAUAUUCUAUGUACUGGGCAACCACAGAGAAAGCAACAACAUGGUUGUGCCUGCAAUGCAGCUGGCCAGCAAGAUCCCCGACAUGUCUGUUCAACUCUGGUCUUCAGCUCUGUUGAAAGAUCUGAACAAGGCCCUCGGGAACAAUAUAGAUGCACAUGAAGCGGCCCAGAUGCACCAGAACUUCUCCCAGCAGCUGCUGCAGGACCACAUCGCUGCCUGCAGCCUCCCCGAGCAUAACCUCAUCAGUUGGACUGAUGGCCCUCCUCCUGUCCAGAUCCAAGCCCAGAACGGCCCCACCACCAGCCUUGCAAGCCUGCUAUGAGGAGGCUUCUAUUUUGCAUAAUAACAGUAGCUGGUGUAUUAUCACUAGCAACAGAUUGAUGCCUAACAGCAUGUUAUUAGAGGAAUUUAACCAGUGACAAACUUUGAGCCUUCAAUUGAUUUGAUUCCUUUUUGUCUGCUAUUACAUUUUCAAAAGUUGUUUAACAGUCACAGCUACUGUUGUACAUGUAUUUCAUCCUCUCUGAUGGCUUGGAUUGGCAGGACAUUAGGGGUACGGUUGGACUGCUACAAGCAGCACCUUUGCAAAAAAAAAUGGCUUCCUUGCCUCUGAAAUGGAGCGUCAUUCUCGACAAUUGACUGUUUUUUUUCCCAUUUAUUGGAAAAAACGAGGCGAUAGCUGGGUGGGGCAGUAAAGAAAUGUAGAAAAAAAAUUAAUUUAUUCAUGUUGAUAUUUUUAUAACUCUUGGUAAAUAUUUUACAUCUUGCCUUUUUUGUAUGGAUGCAGUUUUUCUUUUUCGUGCAUGAAGUUACUGAGGAGGACCCCUUGUACAGUACUUUCUAACCUGGGUUGCUAACAAUUAAUUCUUGGUAGAUCAUUUUUGUACAAAAUCUCAUAUUACAAAUAAAAUGGAGACCUCUUGUAAUAUAUUUUCACAGAAUAAUCAGUUGAUCGGUUGGCAGUGUACAUUGUUUUGGGAUAGCACACUAUCAGUUGUGUGCAGUUCUUCUUUGGACCAGAAGAUGCCUCUGUUGGGUCUAUUUAACUACUUCUGGGUUUUAUAUCAUUUGAAAGCUACCUUUUAAAAAGAAAAAAAAAAAAAAAAGAAAGAAAAAAAUACUCCUUCAACUAAUGUAUUUUUUUGGAAGUUCCAUAAUGUAUGAAUCCUUAUUGAUGUAUUCAUUUUUACAAAUCAUGUUAAGACUUUUGGAGCUUACAAUAAUCUUCAAAUAUUUGAAAGUGGAUUUAUUUUAUUUUAUGUUUUAAUUUGUCUUGAUAGAUCAACUUUCUUUACUGUAUGUUUGUAUAGAUUCACCACUUGUUGAACGUUUAUUGUACAGUGACUUUUUUAUGAAGUCAAUUUAGGAAAGUGUGUUAAUGUAUUUUUAGGUAUCCUCUCUAGAAAUCACAAUGCUUGGUAUUUAAGACACUCUGUACGGACACAGUUUAAACUUAAGUACUAGCCACAUUCUAUCCAAUGCCUCUGUUUUUAAUGCUAACAAUGAUUUUAAUUUUUUUUUUCAAUAAAAAUACGAUUGAAAGUU